AUGCCAUUAACCAUCGAUGGACUGCUAGGAACCGUAUACGUGACGGCAUGGUCCGUGUCCAUGUACCCUCCCAUUAUAACGAACUGCCGGUUGCGGAGUUCCAAAGGGAUCUCCUUCGAUUUCAUCAUGCUGAACUCAGUCGGUUAUUUUUAUCUGGUAUGUUCGCUAUUCCUACAAUACUUCUUCUGGGACGAUCUAGAGGCUGUCGGUGAGAAACUGGUGGAGAAACCCAAAGUUUCCGGAUUCGACUUAUGGUACUGUAUGCAUGGAUUCGUUUUAAAUCUGGUUCUUUGGUCACAGGUGAGAUAUCCCGCUCAAUUGUGGCAUUUUGACUAUUCUACGACGUAUAGAAAGAUGAAGCCAGGGUACUCACGUUUAUUAUGCGGGUCAUUGGCAUGCUUUGCAUUGAUGACGGUCAAUUUCAUAUAUGGUGGGCCCUGGGAUAACAAGAGAAUGUUACAAUAUUGUAAUCAGUUGUUCCUGUUGAAGAUUUCCAUGUCGUUGGUGAAAUAUAUCCCACAAGUAGUAUACAAUUUUGAUAGGAAAACCAUGGUUGGAUUUGCCAUACAGGGUGUUUUCUUGGAUGUUACAGGUGGUGUUGCAUCAUUGGGACAACUGUUCUAUCAAUUGGCUAGAGAUAAAGAUGGCCUUUCCCUUGACAUAUUAUUGACUAAUUUUGGAAAGAUUGGAUUGGGGCUCGUUACUUUAGUAUUCAAUUUUAUAUUCAUUUCACAAUGGUUCAUAUAUGAUUACUCCAAGAGGAAAAGUAUUCCUUUACCCUUGUCUAAAGAGACUGAUCAAUUAAAAGGAUAG